UAUCAUCAUACAGUUGCUGUUUGCAGGCCAUAAAGCGUGCCAGUCUAGAGCUACAGGUCUUCUAGCCUCAGACCAAAAUGUCUUUAGUAAUACAGUGCCUACAAGGACCAUUCCCAGCAGGUGUAGGUCACCUUAGUCUGUUGGGCAGGUUUCUGCUUCAUUGUAUUGUAUGCUCUGAGCCUUGUAUCUUGUCAUUUUUGCACUGGAGAUCUUCUCUGGCAGAGUAUUCAUGAGUUACAAUCCUUGAAUUUUCCUGUCCCUGUGUUGGAACCUGUAGUAUCCACUGAUAUAUAAAAUAGUUUCCUCACCAUAAAUGCAUAUUCUAUCCCAGUUAUGGCACUGGACAUUUCAGAAGAAAUGAACAUGUAUGUACUUUAUGAUCUGCAGUUGGUCUGUUGGAGCCACAUGCUGUGUGUGGGUAGAGUAACUUUAGGGAGGAUUGUGAAUUUCAGUAUUGCAGUUCUAGCUUAAUACCCAGGAAGAGGUUGAAAUUUUUAUAUGACUUGUGUAUACACUCAGCAUAAUUGGUAUCGUAAAGAAGUUACAGGACACAGUGUUCUUAAUACCAUCUAGGGCAAGUAAUUUUUGCAGCACAAAUUUUUGUUCUGUGAAAGAAAAUGUAGUAUGUUAUAAAACUGUACAGAAUCUGUCUUGGAGGGAGGGGUUGUUGGGGUUGGUUUUUUGUUUGGUUUGUUGUGGGUUUUUAAUUCAAACAAAACGAACAAGCCAUUCAAAGCACUGAAUAAUGUUAUGAAUGUUCUAAUUUUGAAGUUGGAAGGGCUACAUGAUGCAGCAUAUGUUUAAUUGCCUGCUAGUAUUGGGUGCAUGAACUGGUCUUUCAGUACUGGUGUUUUAGUUCCACUGAUUGAUUGCUCUGAAUAGAUGUGUGCACAGCAUUAUGGAAUCAGCACUCUUGUAUUUCAUGUUUAGACCUUAAUCAUGACUUGGUGAUCUUUCCAAAAGAUGCCUAAAAUCAUAAAAACACAUAAUGAAUGUCUUAUGUUUGAGUUGUUUUUAGAAGGAUUACUAUACAUGCUUCUGAAAGGUUACAUUGUACAGAAAAGCAAUAAAUUUUUAACUCUUCUUAGAACUAAGGUAUUGAUUCAUAUUUAAAUAUAUCUUAUUUUUAAACGGCGUGAAUAUUUUACAGUAAUUAUUUCUUUAAGAGAAGUCUAUUAGCAGUUGCUGUCUAUGCUGUUAAAAUGCUGUAAUUUUAUUUUGGGGAUCCUAGCCUGCAUAAACUUGUGUUGAAGCCACAUUAAAUACUUUGAAGUCUUUUUACAUCUGUGCUGCAUGGUUACAUAUAUAUGGGAAAGUGGCCUCAGCCUGAAGAAGACCCUGUCCAAAGAAUAUCUGCCUUUGUUCAGUUUUUCUUCUCUUGUUGUUUCCAAAGGCAAAAUAAGUGAAAAGUUUGGAAAAGCAGGUAGUCAGAAAAGAAUUUUGUUGCUUAAGAAACAUAACAGAAGUAACACUCCUGGCAUAGAUGUAUGAAUUCUUGGAGGUUUUAAGUAUUCACAGUUACCCCUAAAACCAGUGUUUACUGAAGGACAUCUGAAGGCACCUAAACACCUUUGUGAGAGCACCAUGCUCACAUUUUACAGGUGUUGUAUUUAUCACCCAUCUCCUUUUUAUUGUAGUUGUUAACCCAGGCAUCAGCUUCAGCAUACCCUCUAUUCCACCUGUUCUGUCAGCCAGGCAUUUUCAGUACAGGUAGCACUGAGUAUCACAGCUCUCACCUUCAGAUGCCUCUCAGUGAUCCUUUGUUAUCUUCUUUCAGAACAGGCAGAGCUUUUCUUUUCUAUUCAGCAAUAAAAUAAACUUCUCAUGUUUCAAAUCAUUAUCUGUUGCUGUAAGGACUCCUCAACCUGAUUGUCAUUUCAUCCGUGUCUCAACAGCCUGUGCUAAAGAAACGCCCAAAUUCCAGUGCAGUUCCUGCUCAAAGAUCAGGGAACCAUCUUUUUUUCCUCCUUUUCUUAAAAUGUGCCACUGAAAUAAUGAGUAGAGUGGCUUGCUUCAGAAUUGGACUAAAAUGUUACCUUUAUGCCAAUUUGGAUCAAGUCAUACUCUGAGGAUUUCCAAUUUUUUUUAAAGUUAAUUUCCUAAUAAAUUUUUUUGAAGUUAAUUUCUUAAUAAAUCUGCAUUUGCCAGAAUAGGUGUUUAUAUUAAAAAAAAAAAGGUUUGCUGGUCACUGUGAGCUCUCUGCCUCCUCACUGUUAUUUCAGCAAAUUUGAGUUUGGAUCCAGUGGUACAAAAUCAAUGUUUUUGUAGCUGUUUUAGUAUAGCUACUUCUUACAAAUAUUCCUCAAACGCAGUUUGUCUUGACAUCAUCUUGUGCAUGGGGCAGGCCAGUAGCUUACAUACUGUAACUUUGUACCUUCCUCUGCACAAGCUGGUUGAAACACAGAUUAAACGGCCCUCUGAGUGUUCCCUGGGCAGAAGAUCAUGUCCUAAACAUAUCUAUUUUGCUGUUUACACCCAGCACAAUGGCCUGUAGGCUCUGAGUCCUGAAUCUGGAUCUGAGGCAGCUCUGAGCUAUAUAAAAUCAGCUUUGUGUUUUGAAUGAGGAAAGCUCUGUUUGUUUUGCCACAAGAUGGAGCUCUCUGUUUGACUGGAACCUGCCUUUUUUGCACUAUUUUAAAAGAAGUUUUUACAACACUGUUGUGCUUACAGCGGGAAAGUCCCUUUCAGCUAUUAUGUUUUGCAUUUUUCCCAUAAUGCCUAUGAAUUGUUUGAGAAAGCUUAAAGUGAAGAAUCAUUAAUUCCUGAGAAUAAAUAAAACAUGAUCCAACAGCAAUCUUAGGUUUAGCUUUAAUUUUAAUUUAGGGGGGGAAUGCACAGUUUGCACAUGUUUUCUGACAGACGAAAUCACAUGAUAUUUCUGUAAAUUUUGUUAAGUACUGAAUUAUGUACAGAUUCUUUUUUCAUACAGAUACAAAGCAUGGUUAUUAAGCUGCCACUGCUUUGAAAAGGAUGAUAUAAGUAAAACAUUUGGUUUCAGACACAGUUACAUGGAAGGGGUGCUUAUAUUAAAAAUAAUGCUUUGGUGCAUGUAUAUAUGAAGAUAGUCUCUUUUAUUAUAAAAAUGUAUUAUUUCCUCAUGAAAAUAUACCAGCUCAGGAAAUGGCCAUUCAUAUGUAAAAUUAGUAAGUUGGGAAUUAAUAAUUUUGUUUCUAUUUUAUAAACUUUGUUCAUUUACAGCAACAGAUUCUCACUCUUUUUACUGUGUCCAAAGGAUGGAAAAUGCUACAGCAGUAUGAUACACCCCAUUGUUGACUGAUGGAGGAUGAAGCUGUACCUCAUCCUGGGAAGUGCAUGUCACAAACCAACUCCACCUUCACCUUCACCACCUGCCGCAUUCUGCACCCCUCCGAUGAACUCACACGAGUCACUCCAAGGUCAUGUGAGGAGGACGAGGAACCUGCAUUAUGUCUCGUUGUGCUGAGAGGAGGUAUAGGGCAGACACUAUGACCCAGCGUGGUCAGGGCCUUAACGCAGCACCUACUCCAGCUUGUGGCAGCAUUAGCAAUUUGAAAGGCACCCCGGUGGCUACUCCCUGCACUCCUCGGCGUCUGAGUUUGGCUGAGUCCUUCACCAACCUCCGUGAAUCCACGACGACAAUGAGCACGUCUCUGGGGCUGGUGUGGCUGCUGAAGGAAAGGGGCAUCUCGGCAGCAGUGUACAAUCCACAGAGCUGGGACAGAGCCAGCAGGAGCACCCUGCUGAACACAUACUCCCCUAAAAUGGCCAUCAUUCCUUCCACUCCACCAAACUCACCUAUGCAGACACCUUCUUCUUCCCCUCCAUCUUUUGAGUUCAAGUGCACCAGCCCACCUUAUGACAACUUCUUGGCUUCGAAGCCUGCUAGUUCAAUCUUGAAGGAGGUGAGGAAUAAAAAGAACAUCAGGAACAGUGAGAGCCAGACUGACGUGUCUGUUUCCAACCUUAAUCUUGUGGACAAAGUCAAGAGAUUUGGUAUCGCCAAAGUUGUGAGUUCAGGGCAAACAUCAGCUCCUCCUUUAACUGAUGACCAGGGACCUCUUCUCUGUGGGGCACAGGGACCAGUGAGGGCCCUUGUUCCUGGAGGCCUGGCACCAGAUGGUCUCCCACUGGGCUGCCCUGCCGUGACCAGUGCCAUUGGAGGCAUCCAGCUGAACACUGGCAUCCGAAGGAAUCGGAGCUUCCCCACCAUGGUGGGUUCCAGCAUGCAGAUGAAAGGCCCGACGUCUCUCACUUCGGGGAUCCUCAUGGGAACCAAGCUCCCGAAGCAAACUAGCUUACGAUGAAGGACUUUAUUUUUACAGCUAGUCUUUUUAAAUGAAAAUAUUUAGAUUCUUUCUCCAACCUCCCUUUCCUUCCCCCACCACCCCUUCAUUGCCUCUUGAGUUUGACAAAUCAACUUCGUGCCUAAUGGGAGAAAUGUGUAAACUUUGUAUAAAAUGUGUAAAUAUGUACCAGAUCUAUUGUAACUAAUUGGAUUAUUUUACUGUUCAAUUGAGUGCAAAAGGCUCUAUGUUAUGAUUGCUGUAUUAAGGUUAACUUGCUAACCUUUUGAAAAGGUUUUUUUUUUUUUUAAGAUGCACUGAAAAAAACAAAAGAGCAAAACCAACAAAAAGUAACUUGACUAGAAAAACGUGAAUUCUGUAGCUAGCCUCACUUGAGUCAAAGGUGCAUGGGAAGUUAUUGAAUGUGUUAUGUGAGACCUCUCAUUACAUCACUUGAAGCAUGGGAGCAUUUGUGCUUCAUUAAAUACUGAAAAAAGCACUCAGUUUAACAUGUGGUAGUUUUAAUUUUGCCUCUGUAGAUGAGUUGAGCUGAGUUAUUGGAGUGCCUGGCUAUUAUGCCUGAAUGGAUGAAACUUAACUUCUUUUUUUUUUCCCUGUUCUGUAUUUGCCUCCUCCCCAAAAUUAUAAACUUGAACUAAUACUGGGUUGAGGUCAGCAGGCCUACUGGGUACCUGGAAUAGUGACAUAUUCCUGCCACCACUGUUUCAUUUGGCAUGCUUACACUCUGUGCAACUUCUUUGUUUGUUUGUUUGUUUGUUUGUUUUUGUCAUUUUUGUUUGGUUGGGUUUGAGGUUUUUUGUUUUUGUUUUCUUUUUCAAUGCUGCACUGGACUGUGGAAGGGAAAAUGCUUUACUAUGUGUUGCUGCCACUGAAACACGCUUUUGUCAGUGCCCCCAAAGAAAAGAGUUUUCACAACUUUUGAGGUAAACACGGCAGUGACUUCCUAGAUGUCAAAGUUGUGGAACAGAUUGACAGAUAAGAAUGUUAUAAAAGAACAUGUAGCAAAACCAGUAUUAGGAAAAGGUGCAUCCUUGAAACCUCAGCAGAGAAUCACAGAAAACAUUUAGUAACGGAAUGGUACAGGCUGGAAAGAGCAACUUGCAGUCCUGGUGCUGAUCUUCAUGUUUUAUUCAUGUCGAAGACCAUGGCCUUGUCAGCAGGGUGAGAAUAUUCCCUACCGAUUUUCUGUGUUCUUUUUUCAGAGAAACCUUUUUCAUCCAAAGUUGGACCUUAGUAUAGGUAAAAGAUUGGAAAACACUUUAUUUUCACAGUGUUUUUUAAACUGACAAAGUACCUGCCAAUACCAAACAUAUAACUCCCCGCCUUUUCAGAAAGGAAACAAAAGACCUUACACAACCUUUAGUUGCCAGGCAGUCCUAACUAUAUCACAGUUUUUUCUCUGUUCCUCCCAAAAUUCUGCUGGGUGCUUGUAGAAAGAGCUGAAAUACCUUGGAACUGGAACAGACUGGAAAGAGCUUGUUUCUAAAGCAGAGCUGAGACAUACAUUUUUUGGUGGAAGAGGGGAUGGAGAGGAGCGAAGCAGGGAGGGUUUAGCAUCCACUUUCUUUUCCUUGCACUUCUUAUGGCUUCUAAAUCAAGCUCCCUGUUUGUUGCCAUUAUCACACUACACGUAAUUGCCAUGAAUUGCUGUUUGUACCAGACUGUUACUAAAUUAUUAGCACUGAUAAUUUCUUGUAUAAAUGAAACUGUCUUUUAGUCUUUGUGAUGAGAGAUAGGUGGGUGGGUUGUUUUUUUUCUGAAUGAAGUAGUUAUUGCAGUAGUGCUAUGGACACUAAGGAUAUUUUUUGAGAAAGAAAAAAAAACACAUCGGUCAGUUACAGCAUGUGUUUGAAAACUAUUUAUUCUAUGAACUUACAAUGUUUUAGUAAAAUGCCAUCAGCUCUGUUUGCUAUUGUAUGUGUGCCCUUAUUGCAAGUAAAUUUAAGUAUCUUUUUAUUUGAAUGUAUCUUAAACCAGUAGAUAGAAUAACAGUUGAUUCUGAAAAAAAAUAUGGACUUAAUGGACCAUUUUAUAUACCCAGAGGAAGAAAGCAAUACCAUAUGAGAACUUAAAGUGUAGAAGUUAAUCAUGCAAUUGGAAAUAUUUAACCUUUGAAUAAGCAGUAGGAGCUGUCCACCCACCAGAGAAAGCUAUUGUAACACAUCAGAAAGAUGAAACUUAAUUUUUUCUUCACUAAUAUCAAUAAAAUAACAGAAAAAAUGCA